GGAAAACACGAUAAACAAGUAUUUGGGGUCAUUUACAUCAGCAGGUUCAGUUGAAUAUAUUGUAUUCCAUAAUGGUAUCAGCCCUUGUUCUCGUUCAAAGAGCUACUCCGGAAACGAUAACACAAUUCCACGAUCAAUUAUCUAAUGAAUUGCCAAACUUGAAAGGCGAGUGGAACUUCAGUUUCAAGAUUUUCCGUAACAAUCCAUUUUCCAUACCUCCGGAGUUGAUCCACACCCAUGAGACAUCUCCUGACACCAAAUAUUUACAUACUUUAACCCCAUCGUACUUGAAUGAUUCAUGUAUUACAUUGAUAAACAGAAGAACUGUGGGGAUAUUCAGCAAUUUGAUCCAAGAAGAAGCUGGGGAAUUGAAUCCGGAAUUUGCAAUACCCAACGACCAUUUACAUAAGGGAGUUACCACGGGAUUAAAUGAUCCUUUUGAUUUUGUAAUAAACCAACGACUUCAGGGUCUUUGGACUCAAAGACAAUCGAUCAAGGGUGACGGUGGACAAAUAUACGAGCUUGAGAAUGGGAAUCUAAUAAUCAGAACCUCAAACGUCUUCUUGCAUGGUAAUUUUAGAGGACUUCUAAUACAAAUUGAAUUGCAAAACUGUAAAGAAAAUGACAGACAAGCAUCCUUCCAAAAAAUAAUAGAAAAAUACAACAUUCCUACGGGUAGCUUAUGUUGUGAGGUCUUGGAUCCCUCCUCACUAGAUAAAUAUGGAGAUUUGGCUCUUCAAUACUCUGAAAUCUUUAAUUUUUAAA